GACAUGAUCUUAGACCACCAGGAGCUGUACUCUCCACUCGGGGAUGAACUGAGGAGCAAAGUGCGUGAGACAUUGCUAAAACACCACCAUCACCAGAACCAGAAGAAACUGGCCAACCGGCUGCCCAUCAUGCGCUCCAUCACUGACAUGGGCCGACGGAGCUCCGACAGCCACCUGGACAAGAAUGGUCAGCUCUUGUCUUCCCAGUCUCAGCUAGCAGGACCAGAUGGGAAAGGGGACAUCAGUAGAGAGAACAGUGUUGUGGACUUCAGCAAGAUAGAUCUUCAUUUCAUGAAGAAGAUCCCAGCAGGGGCAGAGACGUGCAACGUGUUGGUGGGAGAGCUGGAGUUUCUCAACAAGCCGGUGGUGGCGUUUGUUCGCGUCUCCCCAGCGAUCCUGCUCAGCGGGCUGGCUGAAGUCCCCAUCGCCACGAGGUUUCUGUUCAUCCUCUUGGGGCCUCUGGGAAAAGGGCCUCAGUAUCACGAGAUUGGCAGGUCCAUGGCAACACUUAUGACAGAUGAGGUUUUCCAUGAUGUUGCUUACAAAGCUAAAGACCGUAAUGAUCUGAUUGCUGGAAUUGAUGAGUUCCUUGAUCAAGUGACCGUCCUACCCCCGGGGGAAUGGGACCCAUCUAUACGGAUAGAGCCACCGAAAAACGUACCUUCUCAGGAAAAGAGGAAGACAAACGCUGUCGUACCCAACGGGUUAGCAGACGGAGGAGAGGAUGAGGAGCAUGGAGGCCAUGGAGGUCCAGAACUGCAACGAACUGGAAGGUUAUUUGGCGGUCUCAUCCUUGAUAUCAAGCGCAAAGCACCUCACUAUCUGUCUGACUAUACGGAUGCAUUUAGUUUGCAAUGCCUAGCCUCCUUUCUGUUCCUGUACUGCGCCUGCAUGUCUCCGGUCAUCACUUUUGGAGGAUUACUGGGGGAGGCAACCGAGGGACGAAUAAGUGCAAUUGAGUCACUGUUUGGGGCUUCGAUGACAGGGAUCGCUUAUUCGCUGUUCGCUGGGCAGCCCCUCACCAUCCUCGGCAGCACAGGGCCCGUGCUUGUCUUUGAGAAGAUAUUGUUCAAAUUCUGCAAGGAGUAUGGAUUGUCCUAUCUCUCCCUGAGAACAUGCAUUGGUCUCUGGACGGCCUUCCUUUGUAUUUUGCUGGUGGCCACAGAUGCCAGUUCCCUGGUCUGUUACAUCACACGUUUUACAGAGGAGGCCUUCGCCUCGCUCAUCUGCAUCAUCUUCAUCUAUGAAGCCCUGGAGAAGCUCAUGCACCUGGGAGAGCACUACCCCUUCAACAAGAACAACAACCUGGACAAGCUGUCCCUGUACUCAUGUUCAUGUGUUGAGCCUCCUGACCCCAGCAAUGUCACACUGAGGUUUUGGGAGAUCAACAAUGUCACUGCUACUGAAAUCUACUGGGAGGCGUUAGAGGUCAAGGACUGCAUUGAGAAGCGGGGGGAGUUUGUGGGCAGCGCCUGUGGCCCUCACGGACCCUACGUCCCUGACGUUCUCUUCUGGUGUGUGGUGCUCUUCUUUUCUACUGUCCUCAUGUCCGCAUUCCUCAAGGAUUUCAAGUUCAGCACUUACUUUCCCACAAAGGUAAGGUCUAUCAUCAGUGACUUUGCUGUCUUCAUCACCAUCUUCACCAUGGUCGCGAUAGACUAUGCCCUGGGAGUCCCUUCUCCAAAACUUCAGGUUCCCAGUGUGUUUAAGCCCACCAGAGAUGAUCGUGGUUGGUUCAUCAACCCACUGGGCCCAAACCCCUGGUGGACGGCAGUUAUAUCGGUCAUCCCAGCUCUGCUUUGCACCAUCCUUAUCUUCAUGGACCAACAGAUCACCGCUGUAAUCAUCAACAGGAAGGAGCACAAGCUCAAGAAAGGCUGUGGGUACCACCUGGAUCUGUUCAUGGUUGGGUUGAUGCUUGGCCUGUGCUCUGUGAUGGGGCUGCCCUGGUUCGUGGCAGCCACCGUCCUCUCCAUCUCCCACGUCAACAGCCUGAAGCUGGAGUCUGAGUGCUCGGCCCCCGGCGAGCAGCCCAAGUUCCUCGGCAUCAGAGAGCAACGCUUCACCGGCCUCAUGAUCUUCACUCUCAUGGGCUCCUCUGUCUUCAUGACCUCUGUUCUCAAGCUCAUUCCCAUGCCUGUGUUGUAUGGCGUAUUCCUCUACAUGGGAGCAUCUUCCCUCAGAGGCAUACAGUUCUUUGACCGUCUAAGGUUGUUUGGGAUGCCAGCCAAGCACCAGCCAGACUUUAUCUACCUGCGCCACGUACCUCUGAGGAAGGUGCACCUCUUCACCAUCAUCCAGCUCAGCUGUUUGGUCCUGCUCUGGGCUAUCAAGACGUCCAGGGCUGCCAUUGUCUUUCCCAUGAUGGUGUUGGCUCUGGUUUUCAUCAGAAAGCUGAUGGACUGUAUCUUUACCAAGAGAGAGCUGAGCUGGCUGGAUGACCUAAUGCCAGAGAGCAAGAAAAAGAAACUUGAGGAUGCUGAUGAAGAGGAAGAACAGAGUAUUUUGGCGGAAGAUGAACAAGUAGUGCAAGUGCCACUACAGGGCUACGAAGGGGUUACACCCAUUAUCAACAUCACAGAUGAAAUGUCCAAGGGUUCUUUUGGGAAUACAUGGAAUGUCAACAACUGAGACAGCUCCAGAAAUAAACAGGACCCUUUGAAGUUAUGGGACGCAUGGCGAGCAAGGAUGAAAUCAAAGAAAAGGACUUAACAAGUUAACAAGACGCAGCCUCCAG